AUGAAGCAGGUAGAGGCGCCGGCAGGCGGUGCGGGGCGGGGGGGCGGCGGCGCGGCCCCCGGUCCCUCCCUGCUGACGGGCUCCCCGCCGCAGGCGCUGGUGGACGACACCGAAGAUGUGUCCCUCGACUUCGGGAGCGAGGAGGAGCUGGCGCUGCGCAAAGCCAAGAUCAGACACCCGCUGGCUACCUUUUUCCACCUGUUUUUCCGAGUGAGUGCCAUUGUCACCUACUUGUUGUGUGACUGGUUCAGCAACAGCUUCAUUGCCUGUUUUGUCACUAUUCUCCUCCUUCUAUCCUUUGACUUUUGGUCAGUUAAGAAUGUGACAGGAAGACUUUUGGUUGGUUUGCGUUGGUGGAACCAGAUUGAUGAAGAUGGAAAAAGCCACUGGGUGUUUGAAGCCAAAAGGGCACCUUCAAUAGCUGCCUCAACUGAAGCUGAAGCACGAAUCUUUUGGCUUGGUCUCAUUAUCUGUCCAGUUAUUUGGACCAUGUUUUUCUUUAGCACGUUGUUCUCCUUGAAGCUGAAAUGGCUGGCUCUUGUGAUAGCUGGGAUCUCCCUUCAGACUGCUAAUUUAUAUGGCUACAUCCACUGCAAAUUAGGGGGACAAAAAAGCAUCAGCAGAGUAACCUCAAGGUUUUUUGUCACAGCAGAUGUUCCCAAGAGACAGACAAGGAGAAUGUCAGGAGACCGCACUGAGGAACAUGGGAAGACAGGCACUAGAUAAUCAAAUAAGGAAGAACAAGGAGGAUGAAUAGUAAAAACACUCAUUUGUGAAAACUGCUCUUCAUUGGAAAGUACUUAAGUAAAGCUCUUCUAGAAUUAUA